AUGGUGCGUCACUACUUCUCGCCGGAAAAUAGCGAAAUGCGGGAUUCGUUCGAAGGAGUAACUCCGCGGGCAGAAGGAACUCUAAGGUGGCCCAGGCCUCUGGGCAGCGUCGGUAGCGACGACGAGAAGGGAACGCGUACGUACGUAGGUCGCCCGGGCCUCUGGACGGCGUCAGCAGCGGCGGCGAGAGGGGAGGCGCAGGGGAGCGGCGGCGCGGCGAAGCGGGUGCGGUGGGAGGAGGAGGAGGUGGCGUGCGGCACGGAGCACACGGUGGUGUAUCUGCUGCUGCAGAGCGGCCGCCUCUCCCCCCGCGGGCUUGCCACGCUCGCCUGCCUCUGCCGCUCCUUCAGCCAUGUGAAGCGGGUGCGGUGGGAGGAGGAGGAGGUGGCGUGCGGCACGGACCACACGGUGGUGUAUCUGCUCCUGCAGAGCGGCCGCCUCUCCCUGCGCGGCCUCGCCACGCGCGCAUGCCUCUGCCGCUCCUUCCGCCAUGCGUGUGAGGACGAGAUGCUGUGGCAUCUGGUGUGCAUCGUGCACUGGCCCAGCCUUAACGCUCCAGACCUUGAAGCCAGAAUACGAGCGAGUGGUGGUUACAAGAGGUUCUGCCGUUUGCUCCACACGCCCUGUGGGGAGGUCCAGUCCACCAUUCCAGCAGGCCACGUGGACGAGUUCGUGUCUGACGUCAUCUUCCUUGUUGACGUGUCGUACCGUGGUUCGCCCAUCUUCGCGCGUCGCAUUAACGGGGCGAGUGACCUGGAGCACCUGCAGCAGCCCGACUCGUUCGCCUUCAGGCUGCCAGACAUAAAUGUGGGCGCAGUGCUGGUGGACGGCAAGCCUGGGCUGAGCAGGCGGGCGUUGGAGCGCGCAGCCAGGGAGCUGCAGGUGUCGUGUCUGGCGCUCAGGGGGCGCGAUGACUGCUUUGCUGUGCUGCUCAACGCUGCCACCUCACAGAACAGCAUCAUUGGCGGGUAG